AUAUGAAGUGGCUUGCCUCCCAAGGAAUCACACUGACCAACUUCCACGCUGUCACUCAUCCUUCUGAGCCGAACUACUGCGCCUCCGCCUCUGGAGACACCUUCGGCAUGGACAAUGACGAUUUCAUUCAGAUUCCCGCCAACGUGUCGACCAUUGCCGAUUUGUUCGACACCAAGAGCAUUUCUUGGGGAGAGUACCAGGAGCACCAACCCUACCCCGGAUUCCAGGGAUUCAACUACUCCAACCAGAAGACUUACGCCAACGACUAUGUGCGUAAGCACAACCCCCUGAUCCUGUUCAACUCGAUCGCCGAGAACAGCACUCGUCUGCGCCAGAUCAAGAACUUUACCAGCUUUGAGGAUGACUUGGCCAGCCACAAGCUUCCUCAGUACGGCUUCGUUACUCCCAACAUGACUAAUGAUGCGCACGACACCAACAUUACUUUUGGCGCCAAGUGGGAGCGCACCUGGGUUACUCCCUUGCUCAACAACUCCUACUUCAUGAAUGACACUCUGCUCCUUCUGACUUUUGACGAAGACGAGACUUACGCUAAGCACAACAAGAUCUUCAGCAUUCUCUUGGGUGGUGUCAUUCCUGACCACUUGAAGGGUACCACGGAUGAUACCUUCUACACCCACUACUCUGUGAUCGCCUCCCUCUCCGCGAACUGGGGCUUGCCUUCUCUUGGGCGCUGGGACUGCGGUGCCAACAUCUUGGAGAUUGUUGCGAAUAAGACUGGCUAUGUCAAUUAUAACGUUGACACCACCAACCUGCAUGUCAACGAGACCUACCCCGGCCCGUUGUCUGCUGGCAUAUACUCCAAGUACUCUUCUGUGUGGCCCAACCCCUUGACUAACGCCACCUGCUCCGCUGGUCAUGGCAUCCUGGACAUUGUGAAGGAGACCUACGCCAACACUAAGCCUACAUACAACUACACCAGCCCCUACCCUUAUGACACCAAAUCCGGCUACAACGUCAAUGUCACGGCGACCAAGAAGUCGACUACCUCCAGCUCUAACUCCACCUCUUCUUCCUCAUCUCCUAGCCCCUCUACCAACGCUGGAAUCUCUCUUGUGUCGCCCAGUACCGGUCUUUCCGGUCUUGUUAUGGGACUGAUGCUCGGUUUGUUGUGAGGGUGACUUGCACUUGAGCUUGGGCUUAGUUGUAGACCGCUAGUUGCAUUUACAAAAGGAACUGGGGCAUAGGUGAUAUGAGUGGGACAAAUUCUUGGAGAAAAGCGGCUUUAAUGUAUUUUACGAAUGGUAAUGACACUCACGAGAUGAGAGUUCCCA